UCCUUUCAAUACGACCCAGAACGUCGCCUAAAAUGAAGUUCUUAUAUUGUUUCCUAUUAUUAUCACUGUUUUUAUCAUGUUCGAAUGGGAGUGAUUCAAAAGAGUUGAAAUCGGGAUGCCCAAAACCAAAUGUUUUCAAAUAUUUAAAUCCAUUCUACUUAAAAGAUCGUGUUGUGUCUUAUGUAAGAAAGAAGUUUUUUGAUAUCGAAAUUCUGGAAGAUUUAGUAGAAAACGACGGCUAUACUUUAGAGAAUCAUUAUGUAGAAACACAAGAUGGUUUCAUUCUGAAUGUUCAUAGGAUUCCAUUCAAAGGAAAUAAACUCAAAUCUGUUGUGUUUCUUCAACAUGGUAUAUUGGGUUCCUCCGUUGAUUGGUUUAUUACUGGACCCAAUAAAUCUCUGGCUUAUUACCUAGCCGACAAUGGAUAUGACGUUUGGCUAGGUAAUGCAAGAGGUAACAGAUUAUCGAAAAACCACACAACUUUAGACCCUAAAAAGGAUGCUGCACAAUUUUGGGAUUUUUCGUUUCACGAGAUUGGCGAAAUCGAUCUGCCGACAAUGAUCCGUUAUGUGCUAAAACUUACCGAUCAGAAUGAUCUAUUUUACAUAGGACAUUCGCAAGGAAGCACGGCAUUUUAUGUUAUGUGUUCCGAGCAUCCAGAUAUUAACCAAUAUAUAAACGCUCACUUCAUCUUAUCGCCAGUUGCGUACAUGAAUCACAUAUAUAAUCCUUUUUUAAGAACGAUUGCUGAAUACAAAAUAUCUACAAUUUUUACAAAGUUGGGCAAAUACGAAAUUAGCCCUUAUCACGGAUUUAUACAUGGCUUUUUGAAAGGCACUUGUACAUAUGGAAAAAUAUUUUGCAAAAAUUUUAUUUUACUUAUUAAUGGAAAUAAUCCUGGACAAUUAAACAAAACUCUAUUGCCGAAGAUUUUUUCGUAUACUCCGGCCGGUUCCUCGACGAAACAAUUCAUACAUUAUUUGCAAGAGAUAAAAUCAGGAUAUUUUUGCCAAUACGAUUACGGUGAGAAAGAAAAUUUGAUAAGAUAUGGGAAGGAAGUUCCACCGAAAUAUAAUCUAAGCAAUUCAAUUAGCGAUGCUUUCUUUUUCAUUGGCAAAAAUGAUUGGAUUUCUGAUAAGGUUGACGUGGAUAGGUUGUUUAAUGAGAUACGAAGCAACACCAAAGAGAUAAUAACGAUAGAAGACGAACAAUGGACUCAUUUGGAUUUUUUGUACGGUGUGAACGCCAUCGAUUGGGUAUAUAGUAAAAUUUUAAAUUUCAUGAACGACUACGAAUAGAAUAAAAGUAAGGAAAUAAAUUGCAA